AUGCCUCCUCUCCCUCUCGACGAGCGCAUAGUGGUUAUUCAGCGCCCUAAAAACUUAGCCCUAUGCGAGGCUUCCCCCCACAGCGUCCCACAGCACUCCUCUCAGAUCACAGCUUCUGCCAAUGGGCACGCUCCAAACGCUCCGCAUCUCCAUCCAUCUCAGUCCCACUUCUAUCCGCCUGCAUGUAAAUCUCUGAGUGUGGAAUGCAAGCGCCGCUCAUCCCGGGCGCAAAAAUUCAAAGGCGAGCAGCAGACCCUCCCGGCCGGUGUCAGACCCUCGCCAAGCCACUGCCAUAGCAAUGGCACAGUGACCCUCGGCCCACGGCUGCCCUCCCACACGCACAUUAUAGACAUAAAGGUAUCGGUGGACAAAGGAGGACGGGGAGUGUUCAGCAACUCGUUGGGGCGCAAUGGAAGCGUAAAAGGCGGCAGAGGGAAAUGCGUCCCUUCACAGGCGGAUCAAGGACAGUGUGAGCGAAAAACUGGAAGCACCGGAAGGCCGGGUGGAGCUGAGCACAAGCCCCAGCGAGUGCGGCAGCUGUCGUCUUGCCCCGGAGGGGUCUUGCAGUUCGUCCCCGCUCAGGCGCAGCAGCAUAAGUUCCGAGGUGAAAAGGAGACGGAAAACACGAGUUUUCAUAACAGAGGUGACCAGGAAUAUCCUUCUUUGGGUCACAAGAAAAAAUCCAAACUGGGAACUGUCCAUCAAAGCCAUAACAGCCACGGUCCGCCCUUUCACCACAACUCUGUCCCCGUGCCCCAUGCUGCCAUCCUAAACUCCGGCUACCCCGCGCCCCCCCCCUCCCAGCCCACCCAUGUCCCGGCCUCUUUUCAGCAGCACAGCCAGCCUCGCCCGCCCCGCACCAGGGAUCACCGCCCUCACAUCCUUCAUGGUCUCCCCCUCUCGCCCUGCUCCUCCCAGGCCGGAGGCUUCCCCAGCCCCGACCACACCUGCACCAUCGACUGCGCGCACCCGUUCAGCUGCGGCUGCUGGAGGCUGGUGAGAUGCCGGGGCUGUAAAGGAGACUCUUCCAGCUUCCAGGGAGGCGGAGGGAGCACGUCCACCUCCUUUUCCUGCGGUCACAAUGCCGGAGCGGUGAAGAGAGGAAGCAAAGAAAUGGGCCUGCGCAACCUGGGCGGGUGCCUCUCCACCGCCUCCACCUCCAACACCUCCUCCACUAACAGCACCGUGUCGGACUGCCGGGCCGGCCUGUUUAAGCCCCUCCGCUGUGCCUCCUGCUCCGGCGAGGCCGGACAUUUCGAGAGUCCCGCGAUCCUACGCAAAAAGCUAGUGGGAGGAUGCCUUCCCUGUGCCCCCUUGUCCUCCUCGGCCCCGCUAAGGGCCAUACAGAGCUGUGUGACAGGCUGCAACCCCAAAGCCUCCCAGACAGGCAGCUCCACCUGCAGCUACUGCAGCAGCGACCCCAUCGUGGUGACGUUCAACCCGCGCCGGGGCAAACCCCCGGGAAGAGGCAUGGGGCCAACCCAUCCCAUGGCCAUGUACCAAGACGAUGAUGACUACAGCGUUCGUACUAUCUGGCCCGAGGAGCUGGCCAAGAAGAUGACCCACUCGAAAGCCCAGAAGAACAACUGCGUGGGGAUGGGAGUCGGGGGUGGGAAGAGCAGUGCGGGCCAGGCCCAGAACGGCGGGAACGGAGCGGGCCUCGCCCUCCUGGACUGUCAGAACCUCCAGGAGUACGCGCAGACGCACUUUACGGACCGCGCUGGCCGACGGCGUCUCCAGCAGGGCAAGAUGGCCGCCCUGGAUUUCGUCGGCUGUAGGCUGGGGUCCGGAUACGACGACGGCCGCAGCUCGCUGAAAAGGCUCCUGAGUAAAGCGGAAGAUGCCGGAAUCAGCGACGGCCCCGAGCAGGACGAAGACGCGGCAUAUCCCCAGUCCCCCUCUCCCCGAUCGGUGUCCCCCCCGUCACCUGUCUCCUUCUCCCCUCCGCCCUCAGCCCCAAGCACGCUCAUCAAGCCCAAACCUUGGCAGAGAGACAGGGACGGAGGACAUUCGCUGCCCUCAGCCCAGUCGCUGCACUUGGCUCUGAACUCCCUGAACCGAGAGCAGGACGAGGAGAACAACAGAAUGCGCCUCUCUCUACCGCUCUCCUCCUCGUUGCCCGCCUCCCUGUCCGACGAAACUGUGAUGACCCCCGACGCCGAGAACGCCGUCAUCAGCCCCAUCCUGCCCUUCCUGUUCCUGGGGAACGAGCGGGACGCCCAGGACCUGGACCUGCUGCUGCGCCUCAACAUCGGCUACGUGGUCAACGUGACCACGCACCUGCCCCUCUACCACGUCAGCUCCGGCCUGCGCUACAAACGCCUCCCGGCCACCGACAACAGCAAGCAGAACCUGCGCCAGUACUUUGAGGAGGUCUUCGAGUUUAUUGAGGAGGCAUAUCAGAGUGGACAGGGAGUGCUGGUGCACUGCCAGGCAGGCGUGUCCCGUUCUGCCACCAUCGUCAUCGCCUACCUGAUGAAGCACACCCUCAUGACGAUGACAGACGCCUACAAAUACGUGCGGAGCAGGCGCCCGGUGGUCUCGCCCAAUCUAAACUUCAUGGGCCAGCUUUUGGAGUUUGAGAGGGACCUCAACUCUGGGGUGACCCCUCGGAUCUUGAUGCCUAAACUCAACGGUGUGGAGACUCAGGUGUGA